AUGUCCGCCGAAACAUUCACAGCCAUCGACGAAAAACUGUCCGAUCUAGAUCCAACCACCACCACCACCAACACGGAAUCAGUCUUACCGUCUGUCGUUAACAAGGGGCGAUUACCAUACUGGCUCGUAAAUGUCCCCCGCGAUCAAUGGCCGGAUUCAUGUCCCGAGUAUCUUAAGGAGCAAUCCGAUAAGAAUAUAGGGAUUCUGGCAACCCCGGAUGAGGAGUAUGAAUGGAUUAGGUGGGAGAAGGUUAAGGAGUUAGUUCGAACGAAUGAUAUUGGAAAGUUUCAACGUUUACCUUCUGAUCUGAGGAGGUAUCUGGAAUACAUGUUCUAUCUGAAACAGAAAUAUGGCUCGAUUAUGGACUUUGUGGUUUCUGAACGAUUACAUUGGGACCAAGAAGGGGGUUUGAAGGCGCGAGGGCAGCCGUUUGAAUGUGAUGAUGACCUCAAAAUCCUGUAUAACGAUUGGCCAUACGGCCUGGAGAAAGGGAUUGUCCAUCUAGUCAUCUGGACCAAGUUUGAGCUUGAAGAAGAUCCUGCUACCGGUCUUUUGACGGAGUCUAUGUGGAAGAAGAUUGAUGAUUAUGUUGGGAGGGUCUUUCGCUCUCGUAUACCCGCUGAUCAGAUCGUAUGGUUCAAGAAUUGGAAGUCACUCAAGUCUAUACAUGCGAUUGAGCAUUUCCAUGUAAUGCUGAAUCAUCCGGACAUGGAGUUUAUCAAGGAAAUCACGAAUGGAGAUGUUCCUUUGGUGGAAAAGGUGACACAAGGAAGGGCUCCAUGA